AGAGGAUCUGAAAGAGCUCAUGGGGCCGCCGCGGCAGCAGAGGACUGAUUGGUUGGGAGUGUGAGUGAGCACAUGGAGUGGUGGCGUUGAUGGGCUCUGGCCCAAGGCGUGGUCAGAUACGCGAGUGUGUUCGCGGUGAGUGACACGGUCCCACCCCAAAGGGGAUCUCGAGGCUCCCGCAGCGCGAGCCACCGACGGCCGAUGCUUGGCCUUCUUCUUUAACCUCGCGAUCGACGGAAAAGACUCGAUCCCGGAAGAACCGCCGGUUCGAUACGGAUCGCGGCGUGUGUUGAUGAGUCAGGGAAGGCCGACGGCGGCACCGCAGGAGGCGGCGCCGGGGACCUGGGUGAUGGGCACGCCGGUUCCGCCAUACGCCCCGCCACCAGCCGGGAGGAGCGUAGCCGACUACGGGUUUCCCGCUUCCGCAUCCAGUAACAGGGCCGGCAACCCUUAUUUGGACUCUUCCGCUGCCCCGAUCGGCGGUCAGGCCGGUGGCAAUCCCUACGUGAAUGUUUCCCCUGUUCCCAACAAGAGCCCUACGGAGACGAUACUGAAGGUGCUUGGACGAUGUGGGAAGAAAUUUGAAGAUACCUCAAGGAAGGCCGCUGGCGCAGCUGGACAUGUCUGGCAACACCUUAAAACCAGUCCUAGUUUCACAGAUGCAGCAUUGGCUAGGAUUACACAGGGAACAAAAGUUCUUGCAGAAGGUGGGAACGACAAGGUUUUCCAGCAAAUCUUCAAUACUUAUCCCGGAGAACAACUUUGGAAAUCCUAUGCCUGCUACGUUUCGACAUCAGUGGGUCCUGUGAUAGGAACAUUGUAUCUAUCCACAGCCAGAAUUGCAUUUUGCAGUGACAACCCUGUAAGCCACAGUACUGCCACUUCUGGUCAACAGGAGAUGACGAACUAUAAGAUAGCUGUGCCACUGGAUCAUCUGAGGGCGGUCAAUCCCUCUGCUAACACUAGGGACCCUUCUGACAAAUACAUUCAAAUCAUCACCACCGACAACCAUGAGUUCUGGUUCAUGGGAUUUAUAUCAUAUGAUAAAGCCUUCAAGAACCUUAAAGAGGCCCUCCAAUUUAGUCCUCGUAGUUCGUACUUCUAGCUUCAAAUGUAUUUCGUGGGACACUAGUUUGAAACACAAUAUGAUUGAAUCUGUAAAAUAAUGGUGAACUGUCCCAAACCAUCUAUAAGAAUUCUUAAAAUGGUUAUAAAGAUGAGUCUGAUGUCUUUUCUUUA